AUGCCGACGUAUGAGGUGCCACGCGUGACUGGCGGGACAGAAGAGGUGGAGACGUACUCGCGGCUGGUCGGGUUUGGGACCAUGAUCAACUACAUCAUUGGCACAGGCGUCUUCUCCAUUCCCUUUGCCUACUACAAGGCCGGCUGGCGACUGACCACCAUCUGCGUCAUCAUCUUUGCCUUUCUCGCACUCGUCUGUGUCUUCUACGUCGUCGAGGUCCUUGCCCGCGCAGAGGGCGUCCUCGCCCUCACAGACUCGGGCAAGCCGCUUCUCACCGAGUCAUCAUCACUCGUCAACUCGGGCCCGCACGCUCACCCGCACGCCGCCAGAGGCGAUGCAGAAGCCGACGAGUACUCCUCAGCCAAGGCAGGCUCUGUUGCCGGCCGUGGGCGAACCGAGUCGACGCUCGAUGCCGCAGGCACCGCCUCCGAGGCCGAUGCCGCUGGCUAUCCCCGCAACCGCAUCGGGUAUCGAAGGUUCGAUUUCGUGGCGGCCUCGCGCCUGUUUGGCGGCGUCCGCAUGCAGGUUUUCACUCAGGUGGUCAUGGCGCUGUACUGCUACGGUGUGCUCUGGUCGUUUGUUGCCGUCUUUGCCUCGUCGGCCGACACGCUCUUCUUCAAGUACGCGCUCUCCAAGGACUGCUCCAUCUACGAUGACCCGAGCCACUCGUGCCAGACCGGGUACUACCUCUGGGUCACCGCCUUUGGCAUCUUUGUCGUCAUCGUCUCGACCCGCGACGUCGCGGAGCAAAAGUGGCUGCAGAUGAUCAUGACCGUCUACCGGUUUUGCGCCUUUUGCGUCCUCGUCAUCAGCGCAGGCGUGGCGCUCAAGUACCCGAACACUUUUGAUCCCGAGUCGUCAUCGACAUCGGCGCCAUACAUCUCGCACGCCACCGAGCAUGUCAAGUGGUCCGGCUUUGGCACCGCCUUUACCUUUUCGGCCGUUGCCCUCAACGUCCACUACAACAUGCCCAACGUCAUCCAGCCCAUCACGCCCAAGCGCUCGCUUCUCGGCCUCACCGCCGCCGGCAUCUCCGUCGCCGCCUUUUGCUACCUCCUCAUCGGCGCGCUCUGCGGCAUGGCCUUUGGCUCGGGCGUCACCCCGCUCAUCACCCUCAACUGGAACUCGUACACCGGCCGCGCUGGCGGCUGGGGCGAGGGCCACACCCUCUGGUGGGCGUACAUUGUCAAGCUCUCGGUCAUGCUCUUCCCCACCCUGGACAUGCUCACCGUCUACCCGCUCAUCUGCAUCUUCACCAUCACCGGCCUCUUUGCUUUCUUCCUCGAGCUCAUCAUCCCGCCCAUGCUGCUCAUCCUCUCCCACAACUACAUGGUCUCGCGCUGGGGCAAGGGCUCGCAGGUCACGCCGUACUCGACCAUCUUCUCCGGCCGCUCCGUCGCCUACGCCGUCCUCACCAUUGGCCUCCUCGCCUUUGCCUUUGCCACGUAUGUCACCAUCUUCCCCGACCAGGCCGCCGAGCUGUAA